AUAAACAAAUCACCUAAAAAUAGAUUGAAUGGACGACAGUUCAUCGAUGUGAAAAGUAUUCACACAAACAUUCUCAUUCUCUCGCUCUUUUUGACAUUGUUAAAAUCCAUUCGGAAAAUCGUCGAAAAAAUCAAAAUCAUUUUGCCAUUGUCAUCAAUUUGAAAUAAAUCAGAAGAAAAAUCAUUUUGACAAUUUGGCGCAAAGUAAAAAAGUUCAGUUCGAUCUCCGUACGGCCAAUGCAGAAAAUGUGUCAAAAGUAAAUACAAAUUUGGUGCGGUAAGAGCGAGAGAAGAGUGAGAUAGAGAAAACAACGGGAUUUUUUUCAAGUGGAUCGGAUCUAGUUGGACAUCAGUGAAAAAUGGUCGAUGCCAGUUUAGCAUACGAGAUCCUAAUGUAUCUCAAUUCAUUCUAUUUUGGGUUAUUGGCCUUUGUCGAGCUUGGAGUCUUUAUUUACAAAAUGGUGAAAUUGGGUAAACGCUAUGAAGCAUCGGUGCUGCUCUGGGACAUUGGAUAUCUAUUUGGAACGUCAUUGCUCGAGACAAUACGAAUCUACUUGGGUAGAAAGAGUUCACUGAGUCGACAUGGUUGGCAGGUUAUUGUGUCGGUAAUAUUGACGUUGCCAUGUAUGGCAGGCAUGUGGUAUUUGAUUUAUUUUCAAGAGGUUGCAAUUUAUUUGGAAAUAAUCUUGUGUGCCUUGGAACUAAUGCUACAGUUCACCGAAAUUGUAUAUGCAAUAUUAUUCACAUUUACCGCAUGCCGUCCACGCACAUACACCUAACAUUUGGCCAACAGCACCGACACAACAAUUCAACAGCUGGUUGCCAUGCGAACUACGUCUACCAAACAAAAACACAUCUGAACCACAGCAACCAACAACAACAACAAUAAGCACGUGCUCGUGUUAAUGGGGUCGCACGGUGUUGAUUAUCAAAGAAAAAACACUUUGAAUAAUAUACAAUUCUAGUCGAAUUCUAGUCAGAUAAGCCAUCAGUUUUUUCACCGUUUUAAUGCUACACAUAAAACUCAUUAUUUUUCCUUUAGUCAGCAAGCGUAAUUUUUUUUAUAUAACGUUUGAUACAUUAAAAAUAGAAAACGGCAGCUUUAAUACAUUUUUACAUCAACAUUUUACUUCAGCAGAAGAGGUUGGAGUGUUACAAGCGACCAAUGACAAGUUAGAAAAAACACAUUUUUUUGGAACACGAAUGUGAACGAGCAAUAUUAUGGAAAAUAUUUCGAAUAAUCGACAAUUUAAUUGAUUCUAAUUUGAAAACAGCCGAAAGGCUGAUGCAUCGGUGUUCAAUUUUCACGAACUAAAGGGGAGAGAUUAUAAAAACACGAACAAAUUCCAAGCAAAUUUUGAAAAAUUUAGUAAAAAAAAUCUUAACGGUAACCAAGUGAUGAGGGGUAAUUUUUAAGCCCAUGGGUGGGUAAUUGUGACCCUCUGGAUCCUCGUCUUUUUGUGAGACAACCGAACUGAGAAUUUCGAAAAUUGAUGCCAUUGCUUCCGAUACCGUCGAGAUUUCGAAAUAUUUUGAUAAACCGUUCACCGAGUUUCGUUCGGUUUACUAUUUUGUCAGACGGCGAAUAUUGCUCAAAGUAUUUCCCUUCGAGUUUAAGAGUUUCAUAAAAAGACGUUUUAAUUAAUAUAUUACAAAAUAAUUUAACCCAUAUCUGUGGUCUGACCCAGUUAUCCAAAAAAUGUGUUGUUUUUAUCUCGUAAUCGUCAAAUUUUUCGAAACUGAAACAAUUCGGCUAAGGUCACAUCAAAUCAUAUGGCAUUUAAUUUACGGUUAACCAAUCACAAUCGAACAAUAUCGUUGACAUUCUAACUGAGGUGAAUUAAGUGUGAAUUAUUUUUUAAAACAUUUAAUAUUUUAAUAAUAUUGUACUACCUAUUAAACUCAAGGAAACAAUUAGGUCCAAACUAUUCGAGAAAAUGUAACUCAGAGAGCUUCACACAUCUAAUAUUACAUCUGAGCCAUGAUAUUGAUAGUGAGAAAUUUGUUCAUAGUUUAUAGUCACUUGCAACGAAUAUGGAAAUAGGCGAUUUUUUCAGCAAACAAAAAUUUGUAAUUUUUUUUCAGUGAGGUCAACUGGAUUAAAAAUUGUAAUUUUUACCAAAAAAAUUCUUAUUUUUCGUAUAAAUUCAAAUUUUUUUUGUAAAAAACAUACACUUAAAAUCUUCUUCUAAUCAGUGAUUUUUGGAAAAGAAGAAUAUUUUAAAAAAAUAUCGGUUAUUGAUAAAAAAUCAAUCGGUCGGGUCGGUAAGACUUUUUUUCCAUCAAAAUUACCAAGAAAUUCCACUGAAAGAGUUUCAUUCCAACGGCCACCCCGAAAAAGUCGUCUAUUUCUCGCAUGAAGUAAAAAAUUAUUAUUAAAAAUGUACCCCCUAAGUAUUAGGAUCGAUUUGAUUUACUUUCAUUCCUUUUCAAUAUGAAAUAUUUACAUAUAUGUAAAAAUUCUAGUCCAAAAAAAAUGUAUGCCUUGUAGUGCCAUUAGGGAAUGUCCUCAAAGCACAAUGGAAAUCAGUGAGAAAAUGGUAAUCAAUUUGAAUCGUGUCUUUGAAUUAGUCUGUAGUCCUGAACCAAUUUUUUUCUUUGGCGCCAUCCAUUGACGAUGCCGUCGAAAAAUAGAAACAAUUCCAAAAUCCUCUUGUAGAAAUUUAAAAAAACAAUAAUAAUCAUGUGGUUUCCUCGUAGAAUAUAAAAAUACAUCCACGAUAGUAUUUAA